AUGACAAUCUAUUUUUUCUCGUUAAUAUUAUUAAGUUUCAGUUUAUGUGUGACAGCAGCUCCACAAAGGUCAAAUUAUAAAUUCUUAGGAUGCUUUUUGGAAGAAAAUCUAUUAACUCUUGGAGAAGAAAGCCGUGUCUUAACACCAAUAUCGCCUAAAUCUUGUUCAGAGUUCUGCUUCGAGAAAAAAUAUUUAUUUUUUAUUCUUAAAAAUGAGAACUGUUAUUGUAGCAAAAAUUAUAUUUCGAGACUAAUGAAACAGUUUGAUAAUGAAUGUACGAUUAAAUGCACGGGCGAUGAAUCGGCUUCGUGUGGUGGAAAACCAAAUUUAGUGUCUUCAUAUACAACAGAUAGUUCAAUAUCAAACAACUAUAUUGAACGCGGUAGUUUUCCAAUACCAAUUUAUUUAGGGUGCUACUCUGAAACCCCAAAUGAUGAUGAAAAUCGUUUAUUAAAAGGGCCAGCGGGACCUUAUAAUAAUAAUACACCUCAAAGAUGCUUAGAAAUAUGUUUCAGGAUGGGAUAUUUAUAUUUUGGAAAUACAUAUGGAUCAGAAUGUUGGUGUGGAAAUCAAAAGCCAUCGAAAUCAUUGAAAGUAGAAGACAUUAAUUGUGAUUCUCCUUGUAGUGGCAAUACUAAUCAGUUCUGUGGCGGUGGAUGGAAAAUGGGAAUUUAUUCAACUGGAAUUACUGACUAUGUAUCAAAAAAUUAUGUUGGAUGUUAUGAUGCUAAUGAUGACGAUGAAAACAAAAGCAAAGAAAAGCAUUUAGUAUUUCAGAUGGGAACAAAUAAUAGCCCUAAACGGUGCAUGAAUCUUUGUAAUACUCAACGAUUUAAAUAUGCUGCGGUUAAAGGUAACGUCUGUGAGUGUAUGAAUUACGAACCAAAUUUUAGUUUAAAAAGAAGUUAUAGUGAUUGUUAUACACUAUGCACAGAAAAUCCAGCAGAAUAUUGUGGUGGUAGAAAUACAUUUAGUAUUUACAAAACAAUAUAUUUAGAUCCUCAAGGGAAAGUGUCUGUGAAUAAUAUUGGAUGCUUUAAAAAUUUUAAAAGACAUCCAAUAUUAUAUGGUUGGGGAAUAAUAUCUUCUAACCUAACUCCUAAAAAAUGUGUGUACAGUUGUUAUGCAAGAAGGUUUCCUUAUGCGGCACUUGUAUCUUCGAAAGAAUGUUUAUGCAGCUUUACCAAACCUUCGAUUGAAGGUAUGAUUGAGGAUAGUAUGUGUACGACUCUUUGUUCUGGUUCAUCUAAAGAUACAUGCGGUGGUCUUAAUGCGAUAAAUGUAUACAAUACUGGAUUAGAAUGGCGGACGAGUACAAUUGGAAAUUAUUAUUUGGGUUGUUUCGAGGAAAGUCAAAAUAACAGAAUAUUGAAUGGUUACUCACGGUCUUUUUCUGUGAAUACGCCAGAAUUUUGUUCAAACCUUUGUUACAAAUUUGGGUAUAUUUACUCAGGUGUAACAUAUAAAUCUGAAUGUUUUUGUGGAAGCCAGUCUCCAAACGAACCUAAGUUUGCUAAAUUGGAAGAUAAACAAUGCAAUACAAAGUGUUCGGGUGAUGCUAAUCAAUUUUGUGGUGGUGGCUGGAGAAUGGGAGUAUUUGCUACUGGAUUAUAUGAUUAUCCAAUCGAUGAUCGAUAUAUUGGUUGUUUUGUACAAGAAGAAAAUUCAUUAAGUAAUGCAAAAUUUGAACUCAUCAACACUAAUGUGCCUAGUAAAUGUUCUGCAAUUUGUCAUAAUGCUAAAUAUCAAUAUGCCGGAGUAAUGGGUAUCAAUUGUUUGUGUAGUAACCAUGUACCAGAAAAUAAUCAGAAAGUGGAUGAUGCUAAUUGUGAUACUACUUGUGUUGGUGAUUCAAGUAAAACGUGUGGUGGUGAAGAUAGAAUACAAAUAUACGAUCUAUUGAGACAGAUAAAUGAAACUGAGUCUAUUCAAAUACCUGAUCAAAUUAAUUAUGUUGACACUUUCGAAUACCUAAACUUAAAAUCCGCUUGGAGUCAUGAUGUUUUCGUUGCACAAGAACCAGAUUAUGAAUUCGUUGUUUACAAUAGUUCUGAAAAAAACUCAUUCGUGAAAAAUAGAGAGCUAGUAAUAAUGCCUACAAUUCAAACCGAUAGUUUUAUCAGAACUGGUCAAUUAUCAUUGAACGGUUGUACAAAACAUGAAGGAUCUGUUGGUUGUGAGAUGGUUGCUUCAUCCUAUAAUAUAAUACCUCCUGUAGUUUCAGCGAGACUUACCACAAAAAAUAAUUGGUUCUUUCUUUAUGGACAAGUGGAAGUUAUAGCUAAAUUACCAAUAGGAGAUUGGAUAGUUUCAGAAAUAGCUUUAGUUAGUAAAUCAAAUGAAAAAAACAGAUUGGUAUUAGCCAAAUCAUUUGGAAAUACCAAUUUGAAAUGUAACGGAGACGAUGAAAGUGCAACUGUCUUAAAAUAUGGACUGGAAAUCGAUGAACUAUAUCAUGUAAAAUCAAAAAUGAUGAAAUUAACAUCACAAGACACUUGGCACAGUGGCUAUCAUUCAUUCAAACUGUCUUGGUCUCCUGAAAAUAUCAUAUUUAAAAUAGAUGAAGAGAGUAACCAAUUGGAUACGAUGAAUUUACCAUUGGAUUUUAUAUUUGAUUCCGAGUAUUUUAUGUCUAUUGGGGUGUCAGUUGGUGGCAUGAAUAAUUUCCGUGAUGGGUGUUUAAGUAAUGGGCAUUUAAAACCAUGGAGAAACUUUGAAACUAAGGCUAUGUUAAAUUUCUGGAAGGACAAGAAUUACUGGUCAUCAACAUGGAAUGAAAACAAAUCAGCAUUACGAGUUAAAAAAGUAAAGUUUACGUCGUCAGAUAGUUAG